UGGAAGGCGACAGGAUGCUGUUGUGUGUACUCAGCUGAUUCCUAGGUGGUGGUGUUAUUCAGUUUUGCUUCAUGAAUCAGGGCGAAAAUCCAAAUGAAGAUUUUUCCUUUCAACAGUUGGACAGGCAAGAAUGUUCUUGGGAAGACGCCCUGAGACAGACAAAGUGGUGAGACCAUCAAAGAGCCCAAGAGGCGUAGCUGCAAAGGCCUCGGAUACCCUCCUGGGGGAACAUCUAGAAGUUAUCUGACGGAAAUGCAAACAAACUUAAGCUGUUAUGUUUGAGGGGGACUAAAUCUAAAUUUCCCUUUCCUAAUUUUGUCUCUAAUAAAGUACACCAAGGAGAAAAGCCUAUUGUGUUCCUCCUCCAGUUGGAGCAGAGACUGAUAAAGAUCUGUGCUGAGAAGGUUGAGAAUGCUGGGAAAAUUACACUGCAGAGACUGUUCUAGGGCUUGGUCCAACAUUACCUUCAUGCAUCUGAGAGACACAGACACAGAAACCAUCGCCAACAGUGGGUGAGGUGAGCCACAGUCUCCUGAGCUUCAAGGAUUAAUAUUAUUCAGAGUUCAGCCUUAGCAGGUCCCAGGCCUUCUCAAGUGUGGGGCACAAGAGCAAAGCAGGACAACAGCACUGCCAGUGCUGAGCUCUGGUCACAGAACCUGCAACAAUCAGGAUAAAGUUUAAACCUAAGAAGAAGGAAGGGAAAACCAAGCAACAUGUAUGUGUUUCCUGAAUGCCACAAAUCAAUGCCACAAGAGGGAAUGUGCUGUUUACAGGUGGAGGUAUCUGGGAAAAAGCCAAGAGUACAAUUUCGGACUUAAUCCGAGCCCAGCCAAGCACCACAAAGACCUUCGGGGACCCUGCUGCCAUCCCAUCCCUUAGGCUGCCUGGCUAAGAGACAGUUGUCAGGUCCCACUGUCCCACUGUCCGCACCGAGACACCAGGAGCAUAAAGCUGGGCUGCAAGCGCUGUCCUGUUGGGAUGAGGGUCUUCAUUACCAUCCUGUUGGCUGUUCUGCUAUGCCUUGAUCAAGGGAGUGAACAGAAGGAGACGAAGUCAGUUGAUGAAAGCAGAGAUGAUGAUUAUGACUAUAAGGACGAUGACGACGAUGAUGACGACGAUGAUGAUGAAGUUGAAAUCAAGCACAUUCCCUAUGAAGGCUCUCUGGAAUGCUACACCUGUGAAUCGGAGUCCAUUGAGGAUCGCUGUAAUAAGAUCAAAACCUGCGCACCCUCUCAGACCUUCUGCAAAACCAUCAUCACCAGAGGGAACGCAGAGUCCAACUUCUUCACCACCUUCUCAGCAUGGUGCUCUGAUACCUGCAAAGAAGCCACCAAGAUCAUAGAGGGGACACACGUGACCGUGAAUUGCUGCCAACAUGACAUGUGCAACCCUUUGUCGGUAGUGGAAGGCCGAGCCUCAGACACAAAUUCAAAUGUAGCCAAUUGUGGGUGCAUCCUUACAGGUGUGGGGGUGACCACCCUGUUCAUGCUGCUCUGCAGCUGGCUAGGAAGAGACCUGUAAAAAGAAACAUCCCCCCACCCCAGGGGCUCCCCUCUGCCCCCUGGCCCUACUUCCUUUGCCCCGACCCUAAUUCUGCCCCACCCCAAGGAAGCAAUCUCCUCUAGCCCUUCUCCCCCAGGCCUGUGUUCCAUGGUCCCUUUGGUUUCUGUAAUGCCAUGUUCUACCAAAAUCGUUUUCAGCUCUCACAUUCUGUUGUACAGUCAGAGGUCUGCCUCUGACAUGGUAGGUUCUAAGGGUCUUUCCCACUCUGACCGUCCAUGUUGUAUGUUCUCAGGGUCCCUCCCAGUUCUAACAUUCCAUGUUUUGUGUUCCAAAGGCUCUUCUAGCUCUAAUAUUCUGAUUUGAUUACUUUCUCAGACAGGAGGGGACCCAACAAAGGAGAAAGGCUUCCCUCAGUCCCGCUCGGUCUGUCCCGGGAAACCAGGUGACAGGGCAGAAAUGUUCAGACUUAUAUGGAUUAUCCUCAAGUCUCCAUUGCAUCUCCCUGAUCAUGUCUUCCUAUACAGAAGAGGAGAAGGGCAGGUGUCGAGAGACAAUCUGGAGACAAGUCCUGUAUCCUAGAGCUGGGACUCUCCUCGUUUCUAAUGCCAUAUAUCCCAACAGGAUUGUGAAACAAGAGUCUAAUCAGGGAGGUUUUGGAAGGGCAUGGGAGCACGGGAUGUUAGCCUGCUGGGCCCAUCAUUUCUGAUAGAAAUCCCAAGAAAGUCAAAACAUUCUUGUCCACACCACGCCUCCACCUACUUCCUCUAUCCCCAGCGGUCCCUCCAAGUGGUCCUAUCAUGCCUUCUGUUAAUAAAGUUCUGGUUUCUUUAAUAGGCAGCAGCAUUCAAACUCUUCAAUGACACCAGCAUCUGACAUGUCCCUGCUCCUCUCUGGGCCCUCUGUUUCCUCACUUUUAAAGUGAGGGAGUUGGACUGUGGCUUGUAAGGUCUCUUCUGGCUCUAUUAUUCAGCCAGUUGGCCCAGCCAGAACUAGGAAUAGGCAAAGUAUGAGAACUAAGACUCAGAGAGGGAGGGUCACCUUAAGGGGCACUUCUUUCAUAUCACUUUUUAUAAAUGCAUAUAUAUUUAAUGCCCCCAAACCUCAUUCCCUAUAAAUUAUAGGGAUUGAUUUUGUGACAAAUUAGCACUUACACGUUAGAGUGAAGACUUGGAAAGGCAGUAGCACAUAAUGGGGACCCAAUUUUCCAAAUUUGUCAGAGGUGCACAAGUGCUUUGUGGUUUCUUCAGAUUAGAUGCUAAAGAAUCAAAGAAUUCAGAGCUGGAAGGGACCUUAGAGAGGUCCAAACUUCCCCACUCCUGUUUUAUUCGUUCUUUUUUUUCCUCUAAUGUGAGGAGCUAUUUUGUUUUAACAUGACAGCUGUUACCCAGCAAACACCCAAACAAACCCCCUUCCCAAGUGUAUUCCCUGAAAAACAGCUUAUCACUUGUUUCUCCCCAUGUAAUAACUUUUAUUUACAUAUUGUUAUUUCCCAAUAUACCACCUCCCCACUGAAUUUUCCUUUGUAACAAAGAAAAAUUGAAGUCCUCCUCCCCUGUACUGCUCCACCUCUCUGCUCAGAGGAAGAAAAUGUUUUUCUCCUAGUUUCUCUAGGACCGGGUUGGUGUAAUUAUUAUAACUUCAGGAGCU